UUACGAUCGAUGGGCGCCGCCGAUCGGCAUCGCGACGAUCGUUCGAUCACGAGCGUGCGCGCGCGCGAGUAUGCGCGCACUCUCGCUCGCGUCGUAUCGACCUCGACCUGAGCACCGUUUCGAAAUUCCACGUGAGGUCGACCGAGAGGGAACCUCCGCAAAAUCCUGGCAUUGUGUGCAAACUACAGAUAAGACACAUUCACGACCUUCCAGCGAACGAUUCGCUGUCUGAACGAACCGAUACAAAAGAGAGAGGGGGGGAAAAAGGAACAUAAAUAAAUGAUGAUGAUGCUCAGCAAGUUGAGCACGAGAUUGCGACACCCCGGAGGGAAGCUUCUUUCGAGCAGUGGCGAGUUUGCAAAAAGCCAUGCGAGAGGGACGCACUUUAAGUACUUCCCGUGUGAAAAACCGACCGUCAUCGGUGAGACUCAAAAGUUGAAUAUGUAUCAAGCUAUAAAUCAUGGGCUUAACAUUGCAUUGGAAAACAAUCCACGUUCAGUGGUAUUUGGCGAGGACGUGGCAUUUGGAGGUGUUUUUCGUUGCACGAUGGAUUUGAAGAACCGUUUCGGUGUCAAUCGUGUCUUCAAUACGCCUCUCUGUGAACAAGGAAUCGCCGGUUUCGGAAUCGGUUUAGCCAAUGCGGGAAUAUCGGCAAUCGCCGAAAUACAGUUUGCCGAUUACAUAUUUCCUGCUUUCGACCAGUUGGUAAACGAAGCUGCCAAAAUGAGGUAUCGAAGCGGGAAUAUGUUUGACUGCGGCAAGCUUACGAUACGAGCACCUUGUGGAGCCGUCGGUCAUGGUGGUCUUUAUCACUCUCAAAGCCCAGAAGCCUACUUUGCACACACUCCCGGUUUGAAGAUCGUUGUCCCUCGUGGAGCGAUCCACGCGAAAGGUCUCUUGCUGAGCUGUAUCGACGAACCAGAUCCCUGUAUCAUAUUCGAGCCUAAAAUUCUAUAUCGCAUAGCGGUCGAUGAAGUACCUGUGGCACCUUACAAGAUCGAAAUUGGGAAGGCUGAAAUUGUAAGAAGCGGUGACGACGUGACACUCGUUGGCUGGGGCACUCAGGUGCACGUAUUGCUGGAGGUGGCCGACCUAGUCCAGGAGAAACUCGGCGUAUCCUGCGAGGUGAUAGACCUCGUCUCCAUUCUACCUUGGGACGCGGAACUUGUGUGCAAGUCGGCGAAGAAAACCGGACGCGUGAUCGUCGCCCACGAAGCGCCGAUGACGAAUGGAUUUGGGGCAGAAAUAGCUGCGACGAUACAGACGGAGUGUUUCCUGCAUCUGGAGGCGCCGGUUCAAAGGGUCACAGGAUGGGACUGUCCUUUCCCGCAUAUCUUCGAACCGUUCUACCUACCGGACAAAUGGCGUUGUUUCGCGGCUGUCCGAGACAGCCUUAAGUACUGAGAUCGAGACAAAGGGUGGCCAUGGCAGUUGCAGUGGAAAAAUUAAAAGAAAACUUGUAUAGGAACCUGUUGCCCGCAGAAUGUCCUCUAAUUAUAUUAAAAGCAUGUCGUUUU